AUGGAGAAACCUGUAAGAUACACAACUAGUCAAACAGCAAAAAUUGACAUUAAGGAAAACCUAGGAUUUAAUCAAAAAGAUGAAAAGGAAUUAUGGUAUAAAAAAUAUGUAAUAGCAAUCAGUCUUUCUGCUUUCAUGAUUUACUUUUUUAUAAUUCGUGAUGAAAAUGAUAUCGAUGAUUUUAUUACAAACAAAGACAACUGUAAUAAAUACACGACAUUAUUGCAAUUAACUAUGAAAUUAGAAGCUGUUAAAAUCGUGGAAGAUGCCAUCAGAUUUGCUGAUCAGAUCUUUGAAGUAAAUACAGAAAAUGUUGAACCACUUGUUACAGUCUUAGAAGACGAAUGUUUACAUGUAAGGGAGGACAUUGAGAAAAACGAAAUAACGAGAGCUGAACUUUUGUCUCAUUGUGAACAAACUGUCGAAAAUUACUAUGUUGCUGAAAAUGAAAAUAUAAAAAGCAAUUUUUCAGAAAAUUAUAAUAAUAAUAUCAACACUGAUUCAUCAGUUUCUUAUCCAAGAAAAAAAAAAUUAUCUGAAAAUAAUUAA